UCAAAAAAUUUGAGUUCUACUCAAAAGAUGAACAAGCAGAAGCAGAGACGGAGCAUCACGAACGCGUCUCUUUCUUCCCUUCUCCCUGAUGAGUUGAUCAUACAAAUUCUGCUGAGACUACCGGUGCGGUCUUUACUCCGUUUCAAAUGCGUCUGCAAAUUGUGGCUCUCUGAAAUCUCCGAUCCCAAAUUCGCCAAAUCCCAAUUUGACCUAGCAGCUUCACCCACCCACCGUCUCUUCCUUGAUUUCAACGACCAAUUCGAAAUCGAAUCGUUAGACAUUGAUGAACCUGAAUCUGCCGCCGCCGUCGUCAACAUCCCGUUCUGUCCCCCGCUUUCAUCGCCGUGUUCUGGUGCGCGUUUUGAGAUUCUGGGUUCUUGCAGAGGGUUUGUACUUUUAGUCACUCACCUGGGUUAUUUUCAUGUGUGGAAUCCAUCGACUGGUUUCCAAAGGCAAAUUCCAUUGGAUGCUCGUUGUACUUUCAAGGUUUACUAUUCUCUUUACGGUAUUGGGUAUGAUCAAUCAACGGAUGACUACUUGUUAGUUUAUAUAACACCAUCGAAGAAUGUUCGUGCUUGCGAAAUUAAUUCGUUUUCUUUGAAAACCAAUUUGCCCUCUAGAAAGAGGAUCAGUGAUGAAAUUCUGGAUACUAAAUUUGCUUUUAGUAUGAGUGUUAGACAGGGUAUGUUCUUCAAUGGGUGUCUUCAUUGGUUGGUUAAUUCUAGGGGUAAGGAUUUGUUUGUAAUUCUUGCUUUUGAUUUGAGUAAGAGGAGUUUAUUGGAGAUUGCUGUGUCAAAUGAGUUAGCUCUGGAAUUGGCUGAUGUUAAAAAGUUGUAUACGCUGAGAGUGAUGAAAGAGUGUCUUGCUCUGUGUUGCUCGGAUUUAGGUGGCGUGACUGUGAUAUGGAUAAUGAAAGAGUAUAAAGUGAAAUCGUCUUGGACUAAGAUGAUUUUGUCGGCUGACGUCCCUAGCAGUUCCUUCUUUUUUCCAAUAUGUUUCACCAAAUGCGGUGAUGUUUUUGGAUGGAACGAGCGUGAAAGGUUAUUGCGACUUAACGAUAAAGGAGAACUGCUUGAAGAUCGUGCACUUUGGAAAGGGAAGAGGACUCAGAAGAGAGAUUUUGUAAUAUAUAGAUAUCCGGAAUUACAUAGACAUAUGUAUACAGAGAGUUUACUAUCACUCCAUGGUUAGUUUGAGAAAGCAUGUGAAGAAGAUGACCAAUCAAAACAGUCAUGAAGUAUCAAUGCAUAAAGCAGUCAAGAAUACUCUAUAUAGUCAGGUCAAUGUCCUACCUUUCCUUCAAAUGAUGAUACUACAAGAAGAAAACAGAGAAAUUUGAAGAUAAUGUAAUUUAUAUGAUAUGAAAUAGUCAUGUAUGAGCAUGACCGGUGUCUAUCUUAGUGGCGAUUUUAGUAAGAUUUAGGUGGCAUGACUGAGAUAUGGAUAAUGAAAGAGUAUAAAGUGCAAUCCUCUUGGACUAAGAUGAUUUUGUCUGCUGAUGUUCCGAGCAACUCCUUCUUUUUUCCAAUAUGUUUCACCAAAUGUGGUGAUGUUUUUGGAUCAAAUGGGCGUGGAAGGUUAUUGAGACUUAAUGAUAAAGGAAAACUGCUUGAGCAUCGUGCACUUCGGCGAGGGAAGAGGACUCAGAGGAGAGAUUGUGUAAUAUAUAAAUAUCCGCAAUUACACAGACAUUUGUAUACAGAGAGUUUACUAUCACUCCCUGGUUUGUUUGAGGAAGUAAGUGAAGAAGAUGACCGACCAAAACAGUCAUGAAGUUUCUACGCAUAAAGUGCUCAAGAAUACUCUAUAUCGUCAGGUCAAUGUCCCACCUUUCCUUCAAAUGAUGAUACUACAAGAAGAAAACAGAGAAAUUUGAAGAGAAUAUAAUUUAUAUGAUAUGAAAUGGUCUUGUAUGAGUAUGGCCGGUGUCUGUUUUAGUGGUGAUUUUAGUCAGGAUAAACUUUAGAAUUGAAUUAUGUUUUGAAGUAUGAAAGUUAGCAAAUCCUAGUUGGAAUUAGUACUUGAGAUCUUGUAUCUUAAUCUUUUCUUUUUUCCCUCUUAAUAUUGUUCUUGCAUUAGCUGUUUUUCCCCUUAGUGUCUUUUAAUAUACUGGUUGUUUAUUCUGGCACAUAUAUGUAUGUUAUUUAUGUUCAGUUCACUACAUGAUUUGUUUUA